UACAUUAAAAUCAAAAGUACUUAGGAAAAUUUGUUGUUUGCUAUUUGAAUGGGUUCCACAGCAUGCGUCAUACUCUCUCUUAGCUGGCACGCUCUUUAACUCUCUCAAUCUACCCUGUAAGCUGUUGUAUUCGCAAUGGUGCGCCCUCAAGACUUGGGAGUCACCAUUGUCUCCGUAAAUAUUGUCAUCACAUUUUAUCUUUGGGGAACGGCAAUCAAAAAAAUUACAUCAGACAAUAAGGACUCGAAAGAAUCAACUGACGUGCGUUGGACGGGAGCGUAUGGAAUUUAUUUAUUUGUCAACACCUUUCUCCUACUGUGCCUGCUUAAGAAAGGUCUAUGCCCCAUCAAACUUUGGUUCCUUUUGACUAUAUUUUUAUUGGUAUUCAGAGUGAUUAACUUUGAUUAUCAUAACAUAAUUGAUUUAUUCAUCAACUUAUAUAUAUUCACUUCGCUAGCUGUGAUGGCAUAUGUGUACUCUAAGCUGAAAGAAGAGCAAACAGCAGAGCAAACGCCACCCCCAGUUCUACAACGCUGCCAUAAUUUUGUUAGCACUGUCAAUAAGCCAACUGCAUCUGCGUCAAAGAGAAGCACUUUCACGGCUGGUGAAUCCCCUCUAGGCGUCGCCAAACCAGCUUCACAAAUGAUCAGCUCCAAAUCGACAAUAAAUCGUAACGAAAUCAAACCCGAUUCACCGCUUCCACCUCCAACGGCGGGCUGGUCGGAUCAGCGUAAUAAUGGUCAGUAUUUGGAUAACUGGAAUCUGAAAACGAACAUUGGCUGGCAGCCUGAACUACGUCUCAAUCUGAAUGCACCUGCAAUUGGAUUUAUGCCUAGCGCACCUGAACUAACUAGCUCAGACUCUGCCGAAGACCAAGCCAAGACUUUCAACUUCCAUUCCGCUAACAUGAUGAAUCUUAAUGAAACAACAAAGUAAAAACAUGAAACUCACGAAAAUAUAAUCCAUAAAAUCAUUUAAUAUACAUAUAUACAAUUUAUAUACUCUUUUCUGAUAUAUGCAUAUAGAAACCAUAUAUCUGUCAACUUGAAAA